AAGCUCCAGAAAAAAAAAAAAAAAAAAAAAAGGGGAAAAAACUGAGAGGACGAAAUCUCUCCACAUUUCCGGUGAGGUUCCCUGAUCAUCGGCGACUUUCCACGACACUUAUCAGAUUUUUCUCGGUGCAUUUGAUAAUUCAGGGGUUAAGAGGAAUCGGAAUCGGAAUCGUUUUCGAUGAGAAUGGUACAAAGUCAGUCAUUAAGCACUUUAAGUUCAAUCUGUGGAAGUCCUGGAGUUUAUGGAUCAUGGAGCAAUCGUCAGAAGUUGAAGAAGUCUUCAGGUUUGGUUUCUGGGGUCGGUGAUCGAUGCGUGUGUUAUCAUCAGAUUCUGCGUAUAUCAUCCAUUAGAGGACACUCAAGCUCAUCAAGGCGAAGAAAUUCGAGGGUUGAAGCUGGAUGGCCAUUUGGAGGGGGUAAUCAAGGUUUGGAUCCGAGCUCCGAGCGUAGCGAGAGUGCGAAUGAGGAUAUCUUGAUUUUCUUCUUUCAGCUAGACUUGGCAACUCGCGUGCAGUAUGCACUGAAUGUGGAGCAGUAUGAUAUUGCCCAACAGCUACGGAACAAGCUCAAUGAGGUGGAAGAGGAGGCAAUGAGGCAGCAAGAGGCGAAAAGAGGAUCGUCCUCAAAGAGUGAAGCUCAAGACAAGGCUAUUAGCAUAAUCCGUCUUCGUGCAGAUCUUCAGAUUGCCAUUGAUAGUGAGGAUUAUGCUUUGGCUGCUAAGUUACGAGAUGAAAUUUCAGAACUUGAGGCCGAAUCCUUGGCUGCAUCUGCAAAAGCUUUGGCUUAUGAGAAUGCACAAUAUGCGUUCCGUUUGGGCCAGAAAGUUAGACACAAACUUUUCGGUUACCAAGCUGUAAUUUGUGGGAUGGAUCCGAUAUGCUGCGAAUCAAAUUCCUGGAUGGAAACUGCCCAGGUUGAGAACUUGCCCCGCGGCUCGAAUCAACCAUUUUAUCAGGUCCUGGUAGAUGUACACGCAGACCCUAAUCUACUUGUGACAUAUGUUCCUGAAGAUAAUUUGUUAGCCCCUGAAAAACCCGACAUGGAGAGGUUCGAUCAUCCGUACAUUUCCUUUCUGUUCUAUGGAGCAGACACAGCCGGGGAUUUCAUCCCCAUCAAGCAACUGCGCGAGAAGUUCAACAGAAGCCGGUAUGAAGUUCCCUUUGAUCCACAAGAUGAAGAUGGGAACAGAAGUGACAUUUGAACUCACCAGAUAUUUCAGCUGUCACAAACAAGAAUCUCAAUGUUAUGGCUCAAACCAUCUGGUCUAUAAACUUGAGCUCUGCUAUAGCAUUGUAUAUAUUUGUCAACUCAAUCUCUUCUCAACUUGCCGAUGUACUUGUUGACUAGAUUGUCUGAAAUCUUGCUCUACACCAAAUAAAUUGACCUUUUAGUUUUA